AUGCUUGCAAACCAACACCACCCGGCACCCCUACGCCUGCACAGCCCCACUCCUUGACCUUCAUACAUGUACUCGCCACAGAAGAGAGUGGCCGCUCCCUCCCUAUUUCCAAUAGCAUCUUUCACUCAAUCAGAGACGUAGUCUCGCUUCCUCGAAACCCCAUUUAUCACCUCUCUCUUUCAUAAAUGAGUAGCCUCAUCCUAGACGCUCUCAACGUCCGUGUUCAAGGCGAAGGUGACAAAGUUCUGGUCUUUGCCCAUGGGGUUGGCACUGACCAAUCCGCUUGGCAACGCAUUCUCCCCUUUUUCACACCAUACUAUCGUGUAAUCCUCUUUGAUCUUGUAUGUGCUGGUAGUGUCAAUCCUGAUCAUUUCAAUUUUAGACGAUGCACCAAUCUUGAAGCUUAUGUUGAUGACUUGCUCAACAUUCUUGACACUCUUGGCGUUGACCGGUGUUUUUAUGUGGGACACUCUGUUUCUGCUAUGAUCGGUAUACUGGCAUCCAUUAGACGUCCGGAGCUCUUCAUCAAGAUGAUUCUCAUCGGAGCAUCACCAAGGUUUCUGAAUGAUGAAGAUUACCAUGGAGGAUUUGAGCAAGAGGAAAUUGAGUCUGUUUUUAAAGCAAUGGAGGCUAAUUAUGAGGCUUGGGUCAAUGGUUUUGCGCCAUUAGCAGUUGGAGCUGAUGUACCCCUUGCUGUCAGAGAAUUUACUCGGACCCUUUUCAACAUGAGACCAGAUAUUACAUUAUUUGUGUCAAGGACCGUUUUUAACAGUGAUCUAAGAGGGAUACUGGGCCUAGUCAAAGUACCAUGCUGUAUAAUCCAAACGUCGAAGGAUGUAUCUGUCCCAGCAUCAGUGGCCGAGUAUUUGAAGAACCAUUUGGGUGGCGAAAAUACCGUGGAAACGUUAAGAACUGAAGGGCAUUUGCCCCAUUUAAGUGCACCAGCUAUGUUGGCACCGGUCAUCAAGCGAGCCCUUUCCCGGUGAGUGGUUUUUUCUUGUGCGUGAGUCGGGGGCGAUAUUUAGGCUCACAGCAGCUAGAGUGGGGUAAAAUGGUGGCAUCUGAUGAAUAAUUUGUGGACAGUAGUCCUGAGAUUCUUAAGAAAAGGAUAAGAUUAGCCACGUGAUAGUCACGUGAUGAUGUAUGCUACUUUCUCUUCCUCUUUUCUUGUUGUUUCUCUUGUCUUUCAUCUUUGAAUUGGACGCAAGCAAGUGGUAAGAAAUUAAUGAAAUGCAAUUAAUGCUCUUCUA